UUCUCCCACCAUUGUUUCAUGUGACUUUGAGCUCAACAUGUUCAUUCUUCAGAAUGAAGGGAAGCUAUUCCCGGCUGAUUACCCCAAGGUAAUGCAUAAAAUCUUGGGGAAGUUCACUCUGCUUUUUGCCGCUGGAGACCUUCACAAGAAGAUAAGAAGCCCCAUCGUCAGUAUUGUGAAUGCAUCAAAAUCCAACUCCAACUUCCUUCACUGUGUAGAAAAGCUUGCACUCUCAAAGAUUGUUUCUUGGCAGCUAAACUAUAGGAACCAAGUUGCUUUCUACAUAGAAGCUAAAAGGUUUUCAAUGAAUGUUAUGCUGAAACACCUUCUGAAAAUUAAUCCAGAAGAGCCACUAGUCUCCAAGAUUUUGGAAAACUUUGAGAACUACAUCAAGGGCUUUGUUUCAUUGCCUAUAAAUAUUCCUGGGACUGCAUAUUCCAAAGCUCUUCAGGCUAGAAUAAGACUCUCAUCAAUUAUCAAAGAUAUUAUCCUGGAGAGGAGGAAUAAAAGAAAUAUUAAUGUGGGCCUUGUGGAAGGAGGGGACAUGUUGAAUGUGCUUUUGUCAAAGGAGAACCUGUGUGAUGAAGAGAUGGUGAGCAUUUUGUUGGACCUCUUGUUUGCAGGUUAUGAGACAACUGCAAAACUUUUGUCCUUAAUUGUCUAUUUUCUAGUGGGAUCCCCUAAUGCUUUAGCAAGGUUAAAGGAAGAACAUCAAGGGAUAAGGAAAAGCAAAAAGGAGAAGGAAUUAUUGAACUGGGAAGACUAUAAGCAGAUGGAGUUCACUCAACACGUGAUAAAUGAAGCAUCCAGAUGUGGGAAUGUAGUCAAAUUUCUUCACAGGAAAGCAGUUGCAGAUGUCAAAUUCAAAGGGUUUGUGAUACCCGCAGGAUGGAAGGUUCUUCCUGUCUUGUCAGCUGGACAUUUGGAUCCCACACUUUAUGAAAAUCCUCUGGAGUUCAAUCCCUUCCGUUGGAAUGACAAUUCGACAAUCAAGAAAGUGGCAGCAUUUGGUGGUGGUCCGCGACUGUGUCCAGCGGCUGAUCUAGCUAAAGUGGAGAUAGCAUUCUUCCUUCAUCAUCUUGUCCUGAAUUAUAGGUGGAAAAUGCACAAAGAUGACCACCCAAUUGCUUUCCCUUACGUGGAGUUCACCAAAGGGCUGCUAUUGGAUCUUGAACCCACGAGCACUGCUUUUGGGGAGCAACACCCUUGAUUUUGGUUGGCACAUUACAUUGAGGCUUCAUGUACUUGAUGUUGAGCCAAACAACAUUUUCUCUUAUAUUAUAAUGUAUUUUUUCGAAUCUAAUCUUAUACUAUAAUGUUAUCAGUAUGAAAAUAAUUUUUCAAUUACAUA